UUGUAUAUCACAUCUAGUUUAUAUAUUAUCUGUGACUAACAUUGUUUUCGAUCUUUUAGAUUCUUGAAUCAGUGCAGUUAUUAUUUCAAUAAAAAAGAAAUGGGAUUUCAAAAUAUUUGGUAUUCGCAUCCGCGAAAAUAUGGACAAGGAUCUAGAUCUUGUCGUGCUUGCGCAAAUAGACAUGGAUUAAUUCGCAAAUAUGGUUUAAAUAUUUGUCGACAAUGCUUUAGAGAAUAUGCUGCUGAUAUUGGUUUUAAAAAGGUAUAAAAUUUAAUCUUUUAAAUUUGAAAAUAUAUGUUUUUAUAUAUUUAUUUUCAAUUUUCUUUUACAGUUGGAUUAAUAUUGCAACAAUUCCUAACUUCAUUCAAUGUGAAUCCCAUAUAAUUGAUGAAAUUCAAUUUUUAUUGAAUUUACAACAUUAUUUUGAAAAAUUAAAUUAUGUUGUAUUCUAUAUAAUUAUAAUAAUAAAAAUGAUUAUUUUAUAAAA